AACAAGAUCAAUACCAUUCAAAUUUUAGUUUCCACAAUAUCAUAGAGAGAGAUUAGUUAGAUCGUCUGAAAAAAAAAAUGAUGAAAGUUUUGGCAUUAUUGCUUCUUGCAAUUGUGACCAUGGCCUCAAUGGGUCAUGGCCUUCCUGAUGAUCAAAGCCCUCAAGCCGUAGAAAAAUGGCUCAAAAAGUUCCCAAAUGCAAAACCUAAGUUCACAAAGUUCCACUUCUAUCUUAACAACAUCCUCAACAAGAACCCUCCGGCGAGUGUUGUCGUCGCUAAGGCCAACACCACCGACUCAAACCCGGAGACAAGCUUCGGGUUAGUGAGAGUUAUAGACGCUCCAUUAACCGAACAAUCGCUAAGCGACCAUCCUGGCUCGAAAAUCAUCGGUUAUUGUCAAGGGAUGUAUACAUUUUCCGCACAGGAAGAAAGGGCAACGCUAAUGACUCUUAACUUCGUUUUCACCACCGGCCCGUUCAAAGGCAGCACCCUUAGCGUUUUCGGGCGUAAUUUGGUGACCGCAAAGUACCGGGAAUUCUCGAUCAUCGGCGGAUCCGGCGAUUUCAGGAUGGCCGAAGGAAUCGGUACGGCCAGCACUUACUUCCGUGAUCCUGUAAUGGGAGAUAUUCUUGAAAUGAGUUUCGCAUUCUUCCGCUACUCGGUCUAAAUACUAAAAUGUUUAAACAUUUUAGUGUUUUCCCAAUUUGCAUCUUCCUUUGUAGUUUGAUGAGUCAUCUUUAUUAUUGUUAGGUUGUUUUUACUGUAUCUUUCCUUAUGUAAUCAAUAAAGUUAUGGCAUGACAAGGGCACUUGCAUGAUAUAGCCAUGUCCCAUAUCCUUCGCCUCUUUAAUUAAUGAACUUCUUUUCUUGGAAGAAAAACAGG